GGAGAGCAGGAGAACAGAGUUGCAGCAGAAGUGGUGGAUGACGAUGGCGGUUAGCAGUCCUACUGCACUGUCUGCUGACAGGAGUAUGGUGUCUGCACGAAAAAGAAGCACGAAACGAUUGUCUGUCAUUGCUUUCACAGAGGGAGGGGCGACUGACAACAUCCAAAACCAUCCACGACAAUGUUUUUGCCCCAUCAGGCAUUGGGAGCUCCACCCAGAAUUCCAAUGGGCAGCGGAGACUGCGAGAACUGUGGGUUAGCUACCCACAGUGCAACGCUUUGAAAGUUGACACUAGCGACGGUACUGCGGAUGCACUCCGCCGACUUAAUGCUCUUAGUGAGGAAACACACAAUCGACUGUAUAAAAUCGGUUCUUAAAAAUCGACUUCUUUAAGUUUGACCUAAUUUCAUAGUGUAGACAUACCCUUAGAAAUCUCCUGUUGUAAGUGUUCAUAAUGUAGAAAUGGGGGGAAAGAGCUACUGUUCCCAAGUACAUAACCAAGGCUUUGCUCCUGCAAUGUGAUCCAUGCAGGCAUUGCCUUUGAGCCCUGGCUCUUAUUCCAAGUCAAUACUCAUAAGAGUAGUGUUAUUGACUAGCAUAAGUAACAAGAAAGCUCUAGUUUCAAAUAAAAUGCUGUACAAUUUUGCAAAAUAAUUGCUGAGAAAUCUUUAAAAUACUUAAUAAGUAAUACAGUGGUUUUGGCUGUUGUUGCAAUGGUGGGUUGUGGAUAAGCCUUUCAGGACAGGAAGAAAUGCUGGGUGAAGCCAUUGGACUUCAAUGAAGUCCAUGGGAGUUUUGUCACUGACUUCAACUUGGCCAGUUUUACCCUAUGUCUUUGUAUGUGUUUGUGCAGCAGUUAGCACAAUCCUGAUUGGCGCCUCUAGGUACUCUUGUAAUACAAGUGCUAAAUAAUAAUAGCAGGAAGUGGGGGUAGAGUUAACAUGAGAUGUCUGACUUUCUUUUUCUGCUUUACUCACUUUUUAAAAUAGGGAUCUUCUGAUCUUGAGGAUUACUUACUUCAAUUUUUUUUUACAAAACUCAAUACAUAAAUAUAUUAGCAAUUAAACAGGUUUUUUGUUGGAAGGAUUUCAAGGAAAAAAAUAUUGAAUGAUGGUAGAGGCAGCUAUUUCAUUUCCUUUUCAGAGUGAAUGAGUGACACACAGAAACAGUGAGAGAGACUGUGCAUGUGUGUCAGUGACAAUGAAAUGUUUCCUUUCCUUUCUUUUCUGCUGUAUUAUUGAAAAGACGCCCUGAGCUUUUCAGUCUUCAUUUAUGAAUGCUCUUUGCGUGACUGAAAGCAGUAGGUGACAGUUUUCUUAAAAGACUUUCUGAAAGAUUUGGUUUCUUGCCCAAAGUAUUAUUGUCUAAAGGUUACAGAAUAUUAUUUACAGUAACCACAAACAUACUCUUGUUAUUUUAAGUAAUAUUCUAGAUUUACUCUUUUUUUAAGUCGGAGAAAUGCUGAAACUGCAUUUCCCAGAGUGCAUGAGGGUGUUCUAGCCUGAUUAGUCAGCUGACCUGGAUUGUGAAAUAUUCCUUAUUUCCUGUUCAGCAUUAAUGGACAUGGCUUGUGUGUAUGAGUGUCCUUUCUUUCCUUUGUCAGGUGAUUUAAUGUCUUUUGACUAAAAUCUUAUUCAGAGCAAUGGUGGCAAGGAAGUGAGCUGAUUUACUAACUCAGCAGGUCGGAAACUACUUCUAGGGGGAAGGGAUGUCAUGAAGAAAUAAUAUACUGCACUCUGCAUAUCUUCAUAUGAAAGGAUCUAAAUAAUCUUCACAACGCCUACUAAACCGUUGACUUGGGUUUUUUUCAGUGUUAUUGUUUUUUUAAUUUUCUUUUCUUUACAGUGGAGACUAGACCUCUUGACUUGCCAGUGAAUACAGUACUUCUUAACACUUAACAAUUAGUUUUAAAUAACCUGUUUGUGAAGGGUUUUUUCCUUGUGGUUUUUUUUUUUUUACAGAACUUAAAAGGGAGCUUUAAAAGGAAAAUAGGACUUCUUCAGACUGAAGAGGACAACUUCCUAAGAAAAAACAAAAUGUCUCCUAAAUCGAAAAAGCUUUUUAACAUAAUUAUUUUAGGAAUUGCUUUUAUGUUUAUCUUUACUGCCUUUCAAACAUGUGGAAAUGUUGCGCAAACCGUUAUCACGAAUUUAAACAACACAAAUUUUCAUGGCAGUGGCUAUACCAGUGGUUGCUGUAGUGGGACCUCAGUUAUCCAUGUUUGUUAGCGGUCUAUUUUACAGCAUAUACAUUGCGGUUUUUAUCCAGCCUUUCACAUGGUCCUUCUACACUGCUUCUGUUUUCAUUGGGAUAGCAGCUGCUGUACUUUGGACUGCGCAGGGAAAUUGCCUGACAAUAAAUUCAGAUGAAAACACUAUUGGGAGAAACAGUGGAAUUUUCUGGGCACUUUUACAGUCCAGCUUGUUUUUUGGAAAUCUUUAUAUAUACUUUGCUUGGCGUGGGAAAAUUCACAUAUCAGAGAGUGAUCGCAGGACUGUCUUCAUUGCUCUAACUGUCUUCAGUCUCGUGGGCACAUUUCUGUUCUUUCUGAUUAGGAAAUCAGAGGAGUCAAACACACUGGAGGAGGAAGUCUCCUCCACUGAUGAAAGCACUGUAGACAACUCGUCUGUCCAAAGCAAAGCGACGAGGGCAGUGGAUGCAUUUAAGAGAUCUAUUAAACUGUACUUCACCAAAGAGAUUUUGCUCCUUAGUGUUACAACAGCUUAUACAGGUCUGGAAUUAACAUUCUUUUCUGGAGUGUAUGGAACCUGUAUUGGUGCUGUGAAUAGAUUUGGCACUGAAGAGAAGAGUCUUAUUGGACUCUCUGGUAUUUUUAUUGGCAUUGGAGAAAUUUUAGGUGGAGGAUUCUUUGGCUUAGUGAACAAAGAUAAUCGCUUUGGCAGGAACCCAGUUGUGAUGCUUGGCAUUGUGGUCCAUUUUUUAGCCUUUUAUUUAAUUUUUUACAACAUACCAAAUGAUGCCCCCAUUGCUUCCUUCAAAGGAACCGAUAAUAGGGCUUAUAUGAAUCCAAGCAAAGAGUUGGCAAUUUUAUGCAGCUUUCUGUUGGGACUAGGAGACAGCUGCUUUAACACCCAACUCCUCAGUAUUUUGGGGUUCCUUUAUUCAGAAGACAGUGCACCUGCCUUCGCUGUCUUCAAGUUUGUCCAGUCCAUCUGUGCUGCAAUCGCAUUUUUCUACAGCAACUACCUUCUUCUUCAGUGGCAGCUCCUGAUCAUGGCAGUGGUUGGGUUCUUUGGAACAAUCUCCUUCUUUACUGUGGAGUGGGAAGCAGCAGCAUUUGUCGCCCGUGGCUCUGAUUACAGGAGCAUUUGAUUCAGGUGUUCCAUCAGCCUGAUGCAAGGAGAUGCACAGAAACAUAUUUAUUGAAAUGACUUGAGAAGGUGAAAAGAUCACAUUAGAGAGGCCGGGAUGAAGGAAGCCUCUGUUAAAGCCCUUUCAGUGUAACUGACAGGAACAGUCAUAAUGAAACGUAGAAAAACAAAAUGCCAAAAUUAAAAGGCUUUCUUUCUUAUUUUAAUUGACAUUGAUGUGCAGAAAUCACAUAUUAGAAAAUGGAAGGAAAAUGGGAUCUGUGCAUUGAACAAUUUUAUUCGGAUACAUCCCUUUGCUGAGUGCCUAUUUCUCUUAAUUUCUCUCUUUGUGAUCAGGUACUAUAGAAAUUCUAGUUUCAUUCCUCUCAAAUAGUUUUAUUUUUACUUAGAUCCAAGCUCUGCAGACUCUUAUCUUGUAAAAAUUCCUUCUGUGUAUGAGGAUACAGUGUGCUGCAGCAUGUCUACAUAUCCGAGAAGCCAAUCUAACCCAUGGACUUCUGUGGCAAUAGAGGUGUUUUAAGGGGAAUAUUUUGUGAUGCUGUGCCCCUCCAUCCCUUGGUUCCUAAGUAUAUAACAUUGUUGAUACCCUAUUUUAUAGCUUAAAAUUUUAUCUAGGAUCAGUUUUUAAAAAAAGAGAGAUCAUAAGUAUUAUGGGCUGAUGUAAAGUAUAUUAGAUAAAUUUGGACAAGAUUUUCUUUAUUUUAAGCUUAUCAGAAGGCUAAGUAAAGUCCAAGAUGAUUAAGGGCCUGAACCUGAGAAGUGUGGAGCAACUGAAUCCCCAUUUAUAUCAACAGGUAUUGUGAGUGCUCAGCACCUCUCAGGAUCAGGCUAUAGAUUAGGUUGGCUGCCAGAAUGUUCUCCAGGAAAUGCUAUACAAGGAGUCAUAAAGACACGGCUCUCAGCCUGCAAACAUUGGGUUCACUGGCAUUACUCAUGCUUAAAGUUACUCAGGUGUACAAGUAUUUACAAGAUCAGGGCUUACAUUAGUUAGAUGUACAUGUUAGUAAUAGCAUCUUGUGAUGGGCACGCUUUCCCAUUUACCUCUUUAAAGCCUGGUUAGAGGUGAAAGAGGACUGUAAAAAUUGUCUCUUGUUACUGUACAUACAGUAUCUGCUCCAUGUGCAUCAUCUAAGUAAUAUAUGAAUAGCUGAUUGACAAACAUAUUUUAUUACUCAAUAGAACAUAGGAAGAACAUGCAAUAAUUUAUUCUGCAUCAUCAAAAAAACCUGGCAGCUAAAUUUUGGAUGCAGAAUUGUUAUACUGUAAUUGGUGAUAAUGUAGGCAGCAGAUACAACACACCUAGAUUUUGUUUACCUAGUUGAACUUCCAGUGCUGGCAGUUAGGUUUUGACUAGUAAGCAAAUUGAUCUGAAGCAACUGAGAAUAGAUCUGAACACCAAGGUGGAAACUUUUUAAAACACUUUAUUAGAAACGUUCUUGGUUCGAUUUUUAGCAAAGUACCAUCCUUUGUUAGACUGCAAACCUUUGGAUGAGCACAGUUGGUAUGUUGACUUCUUGUAUUUAAAGAUGAUUAAGAAAGAAUUAAAUGAUGUUUCAGUUUCUCAUACUAUGUCAUAACUACUUAGGUGAGCAUGGAGGAUAAAUUUGGUAUUGAAUUAGGGGAAACCUGUGUCUUUCUAUAUCUCCGUGCCCGUCUCAAAGUGGUGCAUCACGUGAAAUCCUCAUGUGGCACGACUAGGGUGACUAGAUGUCCCGAUUUUUAGUUCUUUGUCCCACAUCCCGACCGAUGCACGGUCGGGACGCCAUUUGUCCCGAUGUUGUGGCUUUGGCCGCUCCGGCCGCUUUUUUUUUUUUUUUUUUUUUUGCUUCCCCCAUGUGUCCCGAUAUUUUGUCCGUUUCAUCUGGUCACCCUAGGCACAACCAAGCCUGUGCAUAGUAAAAUGGCACUGUACACAAAUUUAGGGGUAUUGGCUUUGGGUUCACUCCAGGUUUCUGCUGUGAGGUCAGAAAGGUGUUAGUGAGAGAAUUAUUGAAACCCCAGAUACUGAGCUGGGAAGAGGAUAGGUGAGGGAAACUCAAGGAAACCUUAUUGGUCAGCAGGAAUUUCACUGAAUAAAGUGUAAAAGGGAGUGAGAUGGAGACGAAGAUGAAAGGGGAGAAAGGGUUAAUAUAACAAUUCUACUUUGUCAGUCAAACUAAAGGGGAAAUUCAGGGCAUGGAAUCAAAUUGAAUCAAUGUAUAUGAUGUAGAUGGCUGCACAUCAGUGCCUCCCAUCCACUUCUUUUAUUUAGUAAUUUCAAAUAUAAUGACAGGUUUCAGAGUAGCAGCCGUGUUAGUCUGUAUUCGCAAAAAGAAAAGGAGUACUUGUGGCACCUUAGUCUCUAAGAUGCCACAAGUACUCCUUUUCUUUUUUCAAAUAUAAUAUUUUUUAUAUACCGUUCAUGAGGGGAGAAAAGUAAAGAAAUUAGGAAAUCCUUCAGUGAUUAGGUAUUUUCCUACUGCAUUCUUUUUUAUAUUUUCUUCAAAGUACCAAAAGGCAUAAAGAACUUUAAUUAAGAGAGAAAAGAAAUCAAGCUUCAUACUAUUCUUGGAGUCUGUUCUCCACACACCUGUGAGAGACGAUUUUAAUUGCUAAAAGAUCACAAGGAGCAUUCUUUUUGGUAAUACAUGGGUGAACAAAUUGGUGCUUAUGGUGAUGAGCGCCUUGCAAAUGCAUUAAAAAUAAUACAAUUUCAUUUUAGAAGGUAAUACUUACGAUGAGAUUGCUUAUAAAAAUGGUGCUAUAUUAAUGGAUGUCUGUGUGCAGUGUUGUUCAUCUGGGAUAACAGAAGUAUGCAGAGUGCUUUAGUAAAAUCUGUAGGGAAAGAUUUUCACCUCUAAAUUUUCACAAUUUCAGCAAGUAUUUUGGAUCUGAUUUUCAGAGGUGCUGAGUACCGACCUCUCACUGCUGACAAUUAGAGUUGGGGGUUCUCAGCACCUGUGAACAUCCAGAGCCUUUGUCUUUUUCUAUUCUAUCUGAUUUGACUCAAAACCAGAUAAUGUAAGACACAAGGAAGGCUCAGAAUUACUUAUUAGGUUAUUAAAGUGAACUAAGUUUUCUUUUUUGAGCCAAGUUUGAUAAGAAAUUUACAAAAUUCUUCAAGCCACAUUAUGAAUAUCAAACAUUUUAAAACUGCAUACCCUAUAAAUGUAUGCACUACUGUUGUAGCCCUGUUGGUCCCAUGAUAUUAGAGACACAAGGUAGGUGAAGUAAUAUCUUUUAUUGGACCAACUUCUGUUGGUGAAAGAGACAAGCUUUUGAGAUACACAGAGCCUGACCUGAGGAAGAGCUCUGUGUAGCUUGGAAGCUUGUCUUUCUCUUUAUCAUGUUUUAAUUUGAAUUUUUAAGAAAAGUAGAAAAAAAAACCUCAGUUAUCCAGGCAAUCAUAUAACUACAUCUAAACUUGCAGACUUAUUCCUGUGGAAUGUCAGGACAUGAAAAAUACAUUCAGCUGCACAGGAUAAAGCACAUUAGUAGCUGUUUUGGAUACGAUGAUCAGCAGUAAAAAGGUUAAUAAUGUUGACAUCUAAUUAUGCUCCCAUCUCUGUAAGCAUUUCUAAAGCUCCUAUCACCAUAUCUAAGCACUGGCAGUAAGGGCCAAUUGAGAUGAAUGGAGUAAAGUCACAUUUCUCUUGGCAUUUGAAUCACUGCCCACUGAAUUCAGUUGUGGUCUUUCCAUUUUUUUCAAUGUGAAUUUGAUCAGGGCCAGGCUUUCUGUGAAUUUGUUGUAGUCUGGUUUGCAUGCUUCAAAAUCACUAGUGCAUUGGUUUAUAUUGGGAAAAUUAUCUCCAGAAGCAAAACUAUAGAUAGAACUUGGUUAGCUGCAAAGACAUAUAUUUGUUUGUUUGUUGUACCCUUUACUCUUAAUGCUGUAAUGGUUUCAACUUCCUGUGAUGUUACUUUGUGAGUCCUCUAAACAAAUGGCAAAAUCCUUUAGGAAGAAAGAGGAAGUAAAAACUGAUAUUCCUGACUUUUGAAUGCAACCCCCCACCCCCUUGAUUUUUUUUAAAAAAAAUAGGCCUAUAUUCAUCAGAAAAAGCAUAAGGGUGUAUGUAAAUUUCUCUUCAUUUUGCAGUUCUCAAAAGUUUAGAUUCUUAUGAAAACAGCAAAAUGUAUGGAAAGAUGUUUUGCAGUCUGGAUGUCUAUAUUCCUUGUUCUUCACUAAUUGAUAUGUUCUAAUUUGUAUUGUUUUAAUUUUGAGUAUAAUCUACACUAGUAGGUUGGGAUGAGAAGGGAAACUCUCAUAGUGGUUUAUGUUACAAAACCAGGGCCAAAUGCUCAGCUGGUAUAAAUUGGCAAACCUCCAAUUGACUUCAGUGAAGCUAUACCAGUUUCUAUCAGCUGAAGAUCGGGACCCAAAAGUUGUAGUGAUCCGUGGCUACUACUCUGUUUGAAUGUUGCGAAUUAUACUCACAGAAAUUACCCGAUGAGUUUGUCUUCACUAGAAAAUUAGGUCAUGUUUGAAGAGUUGUGUUAAGUAGCACAAUGUUAAACACAACUUUGCAGUCAAUAUAGACAGGGACCAUUUUGUUUAACAUCAUGCCAGAUGGACAUGGGUAUACCCAGCUCGAACCAUAGCUUUAGCUGUGAUCAGCUGUCAGAAUGCUAAUCUUGAUUUUUCUCUCUACAACGAAUGCAAAAUCAUGUUUAACAUGACCUAAUUUUCUAGCAAAGAUGAGUCUUAUGAGGCUGUGUCUACGCUGAUUCUUCUGGAGUUCUUGCAGCUGUACCAGUGCUAGCAACGGUGGAAGGAGUAGCAGAGACCAGCUUCCAGUGUAUUUUUCAACAUGUCUUCUAACCUUUUGUAGGUGACAUGGUGGUAAAAUGUCAGCCCUAGUAGAAUUUCAGAGAAAACACAGGUUUCAGAGUAGCAGCCAUGUUAGUCUGUAUCCGCAAAAAGAAAAGGAGUACUUGUGGCACCUUAGAGACUAACCAAUUUAUUUGAUGCAUCCGAUGAAGUGAGCUGUAGCUCACGAAAGCUUAUGCUCAAAUAAAUUUGUUAGCUUCUAAGGUGCCACAAGUCCUCCUUUCCUUUUUUAGAGAAAACACAGUGUAAGGAACGUUUAAGGGCUAGUCCACACUAGAAGGGCUAAAGUGGCUGGGCUGCAGUGUUCCAGCUGUAGUACUUCAGCAUAGACACUACCGACACCAAUGGGAGAACCCCUUGCAUUGGUGUAGGUAAUCCACGUCCCCAACAAGCAGUAGCUAAGUCAGUGGAAGAAUUCUUCUGUUAACCUAGCGCUGUGUACACCGGUGGCUAGGUUGGCUUAACUACAUUGCUCAGGGGUGUGAAAAAUCUACACCCCUGAGUGGCAUAGCUGGGUCGACCUCUUUUUAGUGUAGACCAGGUCUAAGAGAUCUCUGUUUUACAAGACACUCCACAAUGACAUGUCACCUGUUUGGUUCAGUGGCUGAGGCUCCUGUUUUUUACAAUUUCCAUGAGCACACUCAACUAAUGUCAUUUGAGAAACUGUAUAGCACUACGUAAAGUGCUAAUGAGCAAGCAGUGAAAGAAAUAUGCUCAGAGCUAUAGGAGUGCAAUGGAAAGGACAUUUGGAAGCAGAGAGAGUGUGUCAGAAAGAGCAUGUGAGCGGAGAGGUGGUCAGGGUUCAAUGAAAAGGAUGUUUAGGGAAUUAGUUGUUGGCAUUAAUUCAAUUUCUGUUCUGCUAAAUUAUUAUUUCAGUAUUAACAAGCCCUCCUCCAAGCCAUCUUUUCUGUUUUGUUUACAUUUUGAUGUCAUGCAGAAGUCUUAUUAAAAUAGUUUUAAGCCUUUUUUACAUUAAAAAAUGGUGUCUUUGGUCAUAAUUGAGGUCACAUUAACUGAAAGCGGAGCCAUGUGAUGACUGUUAUAAUGAAGACACUGAUCGUAUGCAAGUGUUUUGAGUAAAAACAGACUCCUUACUAUAUUUCUUUUGUGGUUACAACCACACAAAUAAAAGUGAAUCAUGGCCUGUA